CAAACACUUGACGCAAUUGAUGGUCACAAACUCAGUCACACUGCAGUAAAACGGCCAAAACCGAAAGCCUCUCUCUGUCUGAGGUUCAAAACCUCAGGGUUUUCAAUGGGCAGUCUUGCUGUGCUCUUCUAAAAGCUUCUGUUUUUUCAAUUUUUUCAGCUUGUCUCUAUAAUGGGUUCAAUCACUACUUGCUCUCUGUACUCUCAAACAGAAAUUCACUACCCCAGGUUCCUUAACCACAAGCUCUGCAAAUCACCCAAGUCAUCAUCACCACCACCAUUCAUACACAGACCACUCUAUCAUCCAAGGCUUCCAUUUGUACUAACCAAACUUCAUGUAUCUUCAAGAGCCUCUCACCUCCUUACACCCUCCUCUAUAUCCCCCAAUUUUACCACACCCACUUCAAAGCUCUCAAAUUUGGACUAUAAUCUCCCACCCCAGAAAAAAUUCUCUGACUUUUUAUCAGAAAAGAUAGUGCUUUUUCUUAUUGGGUCAUUUAUUUUCAUGGGUUGCUUUAGAAAUGGUGUAGCUAUAGCACUGCCUUCUCAGGCAAGUAGUUCUAGUGCAAAAAUGGAGGAAAAGAGAGAUGCCCAUGAAGGGAAAAUUGAAGAAGAGGAUAUGUAUGAGAAAGUUUUGGAGACGGAACCAAGAAAUGUUGAGGCUUUGAAGGUGGUUUUGUAUGAGAAAAUGAGGAGAGGGAAGACCAAGGAAGCUGUGAAGUAUGUGGAGCGAUUGAUUGAUGAAGAGCCUGACGAGGUUGAGUGGAGGCUUUUGAUGGCACUUUGUUAUGAGACUAUGGGGCAGUUGAGUAAGGCUAAGAGAUUGUUCAAGGAAAUCUUGAAGGAGAGGCCUCUCUUGCUUAGAGCAUUGCAUGGUCUUGCAUUGGUGAUGCACAAAAAUCUUGAAGGCCCAGCCGUCUUUGAGAUGCUUAACAAGGCUCUAGAAAUUGCACAACGUGAAAAAAGAGUCACUGAGGAGAGGGAUAUAAAAAUUCUAAUUGCACAAAUGCAUGUUGUAAAGGGGGAACUGGAUGAAGGCUUGAAGAAAUUUCAAGAUCUGGUUAAUGAGAAUCCUCGAGAUUUUCGGCCUUAUUUGUGCCAGGGAAUUAUCUACAGUCUACAGGAUAAAAAGAAGGAAGCUGCCGAAAAUUUUGAAAUAUAUCAGUCUCUUGUGCCUAAGGAGUUUCCACAAAGGGGAUUUCUGGAUGAUGUUGUGUUGGCAGCAAAAUCCCAAUCUCAGGAACAGUUUCAAAAGGAGUUUCAUACUGAAUUCUCGUACAAGUAAAAUGUUUGUACCUCUUUUUGGAACUCAGGAGAGAAAAAAAAAAGGGGGGGUCUAGCAAAUUACUUGUUCAGCUGUUAGCAUUUUUUGUGCCAAGUAUAUUGGAGUUGGAGUUUGGAGAUAAACUUCCAAAAGUUGAGGGGGGGAACAUGUAAUUUUGAUGGCUAUGUACAAUGCAGUUGGCUUGUGCAUUUUUGGGGACCAAAUUCAGACCAUGACAAGUAUAAAAUAUGGCCAUGAAUGAUUGAAUUGAUGGAACUGAAAUUGAUAAUUGAUUUUUGUGAAAUCAAUACAUUAA